AUGAAAGUAACGAUUCACUCAUGUCACUCAGUGGCGUAUUGGAAAUGGGAUAUAUCAUCGGAUGAACCUCAUAAACUUCACCAUCUUGUAGAUUUGGAAGAUCUCGAAAAUGGUUAUUUGAACGAUGAAGAUGAUGAUGAUGACGAUGAAGAAGUUUGUGGUAUCUGUCAAAAUGCUUUCGAAGGUUGUUGUCCUGAAUGUAAAGUACCGGGUGACGAUUGUCCGUUAAUAUGGGGAGAAUGUACACAUGUAUUUCAUAUGCAUUGUUUAUUGAAAUGGAUAGAUACUGAAUCAUCAAAACAACAAUGUCCAAUGGAUAGACGACCUUGGGUUACGGCCGAUCGUAAACCAGACAAAUUACCAACGACAACGACAGGUGAACCAGUAGCUCAAGUCGCUCCUGGGCCAUUGCCGACAGAAGAAGAAGGUGGAGUUGUCAUGUUGGCUGAUAUUUCUGGUGAAGCGGAUAUUGGCGAGGGUGAAGGCGAAGAGGAAGAAGGUGAAAGUAUGGAGGUAGACGCAAGGUAA